CUCUGUUUGCCAAAUGUCUACUCAACAGAUAGUUGCUUUUAUUGUUUCUUUAAUAGUUAUACAGUUAUGUUAUGCAGAUAAUUUAGAAUAUUGCCAUAAAACGCAAAAAUGUGAGAAAAAUUAUGGAGAACAUUGGAAACAGCAAUCAAAUACAUCAAUAAAAAGAUACAUAUUUUAUGAUGUCAAUCCACCAGAAGGAUUUAAUUUAAGAAGAGAUGUUUACAUACGUGUAUCAACGUUUAUUCAUCAGCUUGCAAAAGAAGAUAAAUUAUAUGAAUGGAAGUUAGUGCUACCUCCUUGGGGGCAUCUGUAUCACUGGAAGAGUAACGAUGUGGGUCCACAAAAGCAAAUCCCUUGGGGAACAUUUUUUGAUGUAGAAAGUUUAAAAAAAUAUGCUCCAGUUAUAGAAAUGCAUGAGUUUUUUGAAGAAUAUCCUCCAGAAAAUGGACGGACAGUACUUGAUUACGUUUAUUUUCUGAGAAAUGAUGAAGAAAUGUUCAAAACUGGUAAUUUUGAAGAUAAAAAUAUUAUCACUUCAUGUCCAAAUAAAGGAGUCCCAUAUGAAAAGGGAAUUAAAGAAGAGUAUACAGGUGUAUUUUGGUAUUAUUCAAAUAUAACUGCUAAAAAGUUUGAUUGCAUUACUUUCCAUGGAACUACUCUGGAUUUAAAAGAAAACCUACAUCCAAAUUUAUACAAGACUAUCAUGUUUGAUCACAUGGAAAUCCCAUUACAUUCAGAUUAUGGCUCUGCUAAUUAUUGGAAAGCUAGAAGAAGUAUGCGUUAUAAUAAAAUAUUGUAUAGAAUUGCUGAAGAAUUUAGAUCAACUUACUUGAAAUCAAAUGAUUUUGAUGAUAAAACAGAAAGACCUAAAGACUGGAGGGUAAAAAAGAAAAAACGAGAUGCAAUUGGAGGCCCUUAUUUAGCUGUUCAUUAUAGGAGACAAGAUUUUACAUUGGGACGUCGAUCUCCGACUAUAGAAAAUACUGCCUUGCAAAUAAUAAAAGCGUUAAAAUCGCUUAACUUGAAUAUGGUUUUUAUAGCAACAGAUACUCAUAACGAAGAAUAUCAUCAACUGACGAAAAAAUUAGCAGGUUACGAUGUAUUUCGGUUUAUACCAUCAAAUCAGAUUAAACAAAAAUAUAAGGAUGGAGGUGUUGCUAUUAUUGAUCAAAUUAUAUGCUCGCAUGCCAGGCACUUCAUAGGUACCAAGGAAUCAACUUUCACUUAUCGAAUCCAAGAAGAUCGAGAAAUAUUAAGUUUUCCUGUUGAAUCUACAUUUAAUAAUUUAUGUCCCGAAGGAAAUACCUGUUCUCCAGAGGGAAGAUGGGAAAUAGUAUGGGAGUAAAUGAUCCAUUGUGAGAAAAUGGUUUUGCUAUAAAUUCUACAUAUAAAUAGUUUGUAAUUACAAAAGUGCAAUGUGUAUCGUAUUUGUAAAAAUGAACAACUUUGUAAUAUAAUUUAUUUUCAUAUCUUUUUAUAUAACUGUGCAAAUAUAUGUGUACAAUAUGCCA